AUGAUAACGAAUCGAUAUCGCCUUGUGCUUUACCAAUUGAGGGCAUUCGCUAGUGCAGCACCGAAAUGUACAACUGGCAUUGAGCAUGCGGAGGAAUUGAAAAAAGCAAGUUCUAAGUCUUACUUUUUUCUAUUGACAACAGAUCUUUUGAUUUUUCAGUUGGAGAUGGGACCAUCUCGGUACCCACAGCCGUCGAAAUUCAAACCUGAUACGCUCCCAUCGAUUUCGACGAAAUUGUAG